AUGCUUGCAGCUCUGCUGGGCACCAAGCACAAGGCUUCCAUGGAUUUCAGAGCCAACUUGAAAGAAGUGAAGAAGGAAGUCAAAGAGGAGGUGGGUAUUUGUGUGGAAACUUACAAAGCAGAGAAUCACAGUACUUUAGGAGUUGGCAACCUUUGUCCCACAUGUUCAGGGCUUUGACGAAAUGAUAAAUUACAUUUAUUUAAUAUUAUAUCCUCAAACACUGAGAAUGUCACAUCGUAAACUUUGUGUCAUGCAGGAGGAAGUCGGUGACUGGCGUAAGAACAUUGAUGAACAGGCUGGCAUGGACUGCAGGAAGAAGAAGUUUGAGACCGCAUAAAGGACUGAAUUCGUUUUAGUGUUCAAAACUACGGAGGCUACGGAGUGAUUCAUCUAUCUUUUUUGUUAUUUUGUUGUACUGUUACAGAGUUAAUGUUGGAUCUGGAACCUAAGGUCGAGAUUUGAGGUAAAGCCAUGUUUUCACGCAACUUACAGCAUAUGAUAAGCACUUAUACUAACUGUAAACUGUGUUGUGUAGAAUUAUGUUACCCCUUUCAGAUUUGGUCCCUCCAUGCUUUUGGAUGUAAGGUAUUCUGGAGUAUAGUUGCAAAAAAGGUGACUUUAUGAAAAAUCGUCUUAUUCGCUUCUGAUUCUGGGAAUCUUCCAACUGGGAUUUCUGGAAAACCUGGGAAUUUUGGGAAAGUUACCGGAAUUUUGCAACCCUAUUCUGGAGAAACCUAGAACAGCUGGGGUUGAGGUUAUCUAUUAUUAUUGUAUUAUUAUUAUCUAUUAAACACAUCUGAGUUAUAAACCACAAGAUGUCAGUAUAGUAAAGUACUUUCUCUUUCUGCUGACCCUUCCUCUCUCUCUCAUUCACUCUACCCCACUCUCUCAAUUAAAUUAAAUCCCCUUUCUCUGACCCAGAUUCCUCUUUGACCAACAAACAGGCAUGCCCCCCCCCCCAUUUGAAAGUAUGGAAAUGUCAAAAAGGGGGGACGUUGGUGAGUUUUGAACAAACGAUAGCAAUCUGCACUGUUCACCAAAUGUAGCCAAGCAGAAUCAUGAAUAGAGUAGCAUUUCAGUUACUAAGUGUUAUUUACUAUUUUGUUUAACUACAUUUGUCAUGUGUUGGCCUGCUUAAGCACUCAACUUAUUAGCAAUAUGGCCUAACAUAUCAUUCACAGUUGCUGUGCUUUUAGGCUUGAAGGAAACACGAUGGAAUUGAGGUUUAUUGUGUUUUGUCUUUAAGAAAAUAAAUCAAUUUCUGAUUUCAAUACAAUUUCAAUUUCUGAGUACUUUACUGAUUCAAUAAAAGUACAACUUUAAAAAAUGUUUUAAGAUUUUCAAGUACUUAUUUUUCUAGAAUUGAUAAUAUGAUUCAAUUCUUGAAUUAUAUUACUAUGAUUCAUUUGUUGAAGUAGACUCCCAUUUCAAUUAAUUUAGAUUUUAAAAAUACAGUAUCAUAUUUUUUUUAAUCACUCAUGUCUAUAAAUACUUUCCCUAUCCCUCCCAUACUGAACUGUAAUUCUGUACUCACUGUUCAGAGCAACAUAUGUCUUGAAAGACAUCUUGAAGGAAAUAACAUUUAAGAGGUGAACAGGGUUGGGCAGAGUGUAUUUCAGGAGCUCGAUGUUCCAUUGGUCUGCCAUGGAAACUACUUCCAUAAAGAGGACCCAGUGUUUCUGCUGAUGCAUCACCCGACACCAUAUAUACCAUUUUCAUGUUUCACUGCAUGUCGCUUGCCAGUGUGCUAGUCUUCCAUUCUUCCUCCUGGUGUGUUCUGCCCUCUUCCUCCUCUUCCUCUCAUAGGUGAGAAUCUCUCUUUUCCUGUCUCUCUAUCAAACUCUCUGAUUGUGUAGCACCACUGGAAUUAAAAGCACAAGGUAAUAGAAAGAGAAAGAGACUAAAAGGCCUCCCAACCGAUGACAAUCUUAACAAUCAAACUCACUCAUUGCACAUGGGUGAGUUGCUGUACACCACUUUAUGGAUCAUUAAAAAUUGAACAUAUGGAACAUAUCUAUUCACCUGGCAAUACAGGUGAAUGCAUUGAGGUAAAUAUGUCAGGUUUUCUUUAUUUUUGUGAAACUUUGGCUAGGGUUCUGGUUAGGGGCUAUACUCUAGCAGUCAAAGCUGGUAAAUACACUUAACCUAAAUCCAGACCUCUGAGUUAUUGAGUUUCAGAUAAAGCUCUCAGGCACAUGAUGUUCUGUGUUAGAUUCAGUGAUUAUAUUAGGAUUAGUGUUAAUUCAAUAUAAAAGGGGAAGUUUAUAGUGUUAUACAUUGUGAUGGACAAUAUGAUAGCUGUGAAAGUUUUUUGUUUUCUAUUCAAGAAAAUUGGUACAUGUUUAUUUGAGGUGGUGGAUGGAGUAACAGCUUUGUAGAACUGAAUAAUAGACAGCAUGCUAAGUGCCAUGUUAAUUGUUAUGUAUGUGUAAACAAACAAAAAGAAUAGGAGAUGUUUCAUUAGUCUGAGCUUGCUAAAUUGUACACUUGACUUGAUUUUAUGAUUUGAAAUGAAAUCAUUAAUUUGAAUAGAUUAUGAAUUACUGGGAAAGUAAAGCUUUUCUGAUGUUUUUAAUUCUCAAGAACUUUUAACUGAGACUUACAGUAAAUCUUGGGGAAGAAAAAUAGCAAACCAUUAUAUCCGUUGAUUAAGUGUGAGUACCUUGAUUCAACACCAUCACAUCUGUCUGCAGAAUGAAGAAGAUGCUGUUGAUUUAUGUAAUUAGGAAGGCUUUUCUGAUAUACAGCACCGCGGCAGGUUAAUAAAUCGAGACUUGCGUCUCUGAAGGCAGCAGCAGUUAAAGUCUGUUAGGGUUUCACAUUCUAACAACCAUAAAACAAGUCAGACACCUGACUCUAGCAGUCCAGAUUUAGCUCGCUCUGAAUCACUGCAGACUCUAGCUCUGAAAAUGGAUCAUGUUUCCCCUAAGAACCUAGUUUGGCCAAGUGUUCCCCAAUCUUCAGCUCAAUAUCACAGUAUGAUCUUUAGACCAGACAUGUCUCUCGCUUUUGCACCUAUUGCAUCCUAAUGAUAUUAUAAAUGUUUAUUUUUUAAUCAUAAAUAUCAAAACAAGUUUUCUCUGUUGUGUCUUCUAUUCAGGGUGUGAAGCAUAACAACAGCCAAUAUGUCGGAGUAAGUCUUGAAAUUUGUCUAAAAUUCACUAAAAGUGAAAUUCCAGACUUUCAGCCUGACACAAAGCAUGUCCGAUCCACCGUUAUGUUCUCUCAGUAAUGCACAUACCUGUUAUAUCCCUAACAACGUGUGAAAUCCACGUUUCUUCACAGAAAAAAGAUGACAUCGAGCCGCAGGCAUCAUCUGAAGGUGAACCAAGACAAUGAGUUGUGGUCCAAUGGAUGAAACAAGUAUUACACACCAAUAUCCAGUACUUGACUAAAUUAGUUUGGGCAUAAAUUAGACUGGAUUUACACCUUUUCAACCUCUUUAAUCCUUUAGGUAAUCCUUUGUGCUCCAAUACUACGUAGUAGGCUGGGUUUGGAUUUACUGUGUUUCUUUGUCCUCCAGAGCUUGGUGCUCCAGAUUGCAUUUGAGCUGAUUGAGACGGAGAAAAAGGAGGCUGUGCAGGAGAAAGCCAAUUUCAUGGCUGAGCUCCCCGUCCUGGAUUUGUCUGGAGAUCAAGCGGCGCUGGUGGUACGAUACGAUGCUAGUCAUUAAUUUGUUUACACAAGCUUCACACAACUACUCCAAUGUAUUUAAGCCUCACAUUGGUGGUUCUUGGAAUAAGCAAUGUGUAUUUUCCUACAAAGGACACAGACUCCAAUUUCUUCACUCUAAAUAACUGUUGCCUGAAGAGACUGAUUCCUUCUGGAGAGGAGAGUUUCGCCUACAAAUUAUCAGACUGAUGUGUUUGUGUGUCAACAGGAAAUGCUCAAAAAGUUAGCCCAUACCAUCGACAAGGUUGAUGAGGACAGAUAUGACGCAGAGUCCAAAGUGACGAAGGCAGACAAAGAGGUAGAUUGUAUUCCAUCUUGUCCUCAUCAUGAAUCAAACGUAUACUGCAAAUCUUAUCUUCCUCCAAACUUUCUCACAUCACAGAUUGAGGAUUUGAGGAUGAAAGUGGUUGAGAUCCAGGGCAUGAAGAAGCCAGCUCUGAAGAAAGUGCGUAUGUCUGCUGAUGCUAUGCUCCAGGCUCUGCUGGGCACCAAGCACAAGGCUUCCAUGGAUUUCAGAGCCAACUUGAAAGAAGUGAAGAAGGAGGUCAAAGAGGAGGUGGGUAUUUGUGUGGAAACCUAUAAAGUAGAGAAUCACAGUACCUGAGUACUGUGUCCCAAAUGUGUUCUGAGCUUUGAGGAAAGGAUGAGUUAUUUCAUAUUUUAUCCUCUAUAUGUCACAUCACAAACUUUCUGUAAUGCAGGGAGUGGAUGCAGUUGGUGACUGGCGCAAGAACGUUGAUGAACAGGCUGGCAUGGACGGCAGGAAGAAGAAGUUUCAGGGUUGA